AUGGAUGGUGAUAAUCAGAAAGAAAUAUCAGGAAGAGACAUAUAUCAAAUAAUAAAAAAUGCUCGAGACAAAAUAAAGAUUGAUUACAAAUUUUGGUAUACUCAACCUGUCCCAAAAAUAAAUGAAGAAUUUAGUGAAUCGAUUAAUGAGCCAUUUAUAGCGGAUAACAAGGUGGAAAACGUUCGUAAGGAUCCAUAUAAACUACCUGAAGGAUAUGCUUGGUAUGUGUGUGAUGUAAACGAUGAAAAUGAUCGAAAAGAGGUAUACAAUUUAUUAACAGAUAAUUAUGUUGAAGAUGAUGAUAAUAUAUUUCGGUUUAACUAUUCAUCCGAAUUUUUAUUAUGGGCAUUAACUUCUCCAAAUUAUUUAAAAGAAUGGCAUAUAGGAGUAAAACGUGUCGAGACAAAUAAAUUGAUCGGUUUUAUAAGUGCAUUUCCAACUGAUAUAUGUAUAAAUAAAAAAGUUGUAAAAAUGGUAGAAGUAAAUUUUUUGUGUGUACAUAAGAGUUUAAGAUCUAAACGAUUAGCACCAGUUCUUAUUAAAGAAGUUACUAGAAGAAUAAAUUUAGAAAAUAUAUGGCAAGCUGUUUAUACUGCUGGUGUUUAUUUACCUAAACCUAUAAGUGAUGCUAGAUAUUAUCACCGAACUAUAAAUGUAAAAAAAUUAAUAGAUGUUGGUUUUUCAUCAUUAAAUACUAGAUUAACUAUGAGUCGAGCUAUUAAAUUAUAUAAAAUUGAUGAUGAACUAAAUUUAAAAAAUUUAAGAUUAAUGAAAAAAAAAGAUGUUGAUCAAGUUCAUAAAUUAUUAGAUAACUAUUUAUCCCAAUUUAAUAUAUAUGUUAAAUUUACUAAAGAAGAAAUAGCCCAUUGGUUUAUGCCUAUUCAAAAUGUUAUAUAUACAUAUGUUAAUGAAGAAAAUGGAGAAAUUAAAGAUAUGAUUUCUUUUUAUUCAUUACCAUCAAAAAUAUUAGCUAAUGAAAAAUAUGAUAUGAUAUAUGCUGCUUAUUCAUUUUAUAAUGUAGCUACUACAACGUCCUUAAAAAAUUUAAUGCAAGAUGCUAUUUGCUUAGCUAAAAGAAAUAACUUCGAUGUAUUUAAUGCCCUUGAAGUUAUGGAUAAUAAAUCGGUUUUUGCAGACCUAAAAUUUGGUGAAGGUGAUGGUACAUUAAAAUAUUAUUUAUAUAAUUGGAAGUGUGCCUCUUUUGACACAUCAAUGGUUGGAAUUGUUCUAUUGUAA